AGUGACAUACACAGUGAAAGACAAAUAUAGUGGCAGUAUUUCACAUGUAUUUAACCGGUAACUUGCUGCGCGGCUGUUGAAAAAUAGCUGUAAUCAAACCAGGAUCUAUGUACUGCACUACUGCAGUAGUACUACUGCUUCCUCUACUACGCAGUAUUUCCAUGUACUGCGCUGUCUUUGUCCUCAGUGCCUGUGUUUACACUUUAUCGUUGAAGUCAGCCUGAACGGCCAGAUUGUCUUCAUCCUUCCCGCGAUGCCACCCAAAAGAGACGCAGGAACAACUUCAACACAACCUGCAGUGAAGAUGGUGAAGAUCGGCAACGUUGUAGAUGCGCCGGAUUUUGGCUGCGAUCCAUUAGAGGACAAGUACAGGUUGGCUGAGGAGAGUGGAUACUCACCUUUUCCCAACAACGAGCCUGAAACCAUUGAAUUUGAUGAAGAAAAUAUUGCCAGCCCAGGCAUCAGGACAGACACCAUCAGCCUCCUUAUGAAAAUAGAACAACUGCAGGCACAACUGAAAUAUGAGCGCAGAUGUAGAAUUCUGGCAGAAAGAGAGCUGAGAGAACUUAAAGAAAUGAACACUCUCAUGAUGCAGAUGAGGCACACAGCUCAUGAGCUACGAGUCACUCUAGAUCAUGUUCUACAAGGAGGCGAGGCAGCAGUUGCGCCAGAAAACGCUGAAGAAAAUAUUUCCUUCCUGACUGAGCCUGAGGCUGAGAUGAGAGCAGUUCAUAACAUACCAGAGGAUGAUCACAGCUUCCUUUAUAUCUCUGAGAAUCUUCGAGUGCCAAAAAGUCUUUAUGAACGCAUUGCCGAAAUCGGAGACUACAAAAAGUACACUUCAGCACUGCUGAUGAUGCUUUUUGACAGAGAAACCCUGGCCACACACUCUCUGCAAGGCCGGAGGAACACCUUUACAGGAGAGGACAGCCACAAGCCUCAGCUCCCUCCUGAGAUUUUGAAAAGCAUAAUUGAUCAUGUUGCUGUCAAGUUUGGCGUUGACUGCAGCCAGAUAAAAACAGCAAUCCGCACAAAGUUGAAUAACGAGGACAAACUAUUGAAGAAGAGGCUGGGGUUGGUCAAAAGUGAAAACAAAGCGAUUAUCGAUCAAGGUUUUUGCCAAGAUCCUUCACUUCUGCCCGAAAAUGAAGUGAUGACAAAUGACCUGCCUGAAAAUGGAGCCAUGAUGAAUGACUCUCAGUUAUAGCCUUCACAGUCUGCCUUCAUCUGUUGGUCACCAGUAUUUCACCUCUGAUAGAAAUGUGUGACAGAUCGCCUUUUUUAAAAAACUAAUUUACAUCUAGUUUAUUCAGUAUUGAAAUCUAGUGCUCGAAGUGUUAAACACUAUGGUAGAAUUCUAUUUUUUUUACUUUAACUGUUGUCUGUCGUACGUUGGAAAAGUGUAACCUGGUUCCGUAGCGCUCUAAAAUGUCACAUGUAAUCUUCGAUGGUAAAAACAAGUUUUCUUAUUUAAAUUUCCGUACUGUACUUGAGACAAUCUGUGGUUGUAUCUUAUCCGGUUUGUGAAAACGGUCUGUGUCGAGCAUUUCUUUCAGUCAGCUGAUGUAAGUAGGACAUUUGAAAAUGUUGCAGUACAAUAGGUUUGUAUCCUGCAGUUACCGAGAAACAGCAUUACAUCAAGCGAUACUGUGUUUCUAGAUUUGCAGUUUUGAAAUAUGCUGUAACUCAUCCUUCUUCCAUGACAUCCGGUUAUCUUGUCUUUGUUGUGCUUCAUUAUGUAAGGGUCAAUAAACAUUUGAAGAUGA